AUGAGGAUAUAUUCAACUAGUACAUCAUAUGUAUAUUCUAAAAGUGAAGAGGAAGAAAGUGAGGAGACUGAGUUGCAAGAAGAUCAACAAAGGCUUGCAACACCAAAAGCAACAUGGUUUGUUGAUGUUAUUAAUGAUCAAGGAAAGAUAAAUGCAAAACAGCUACGAGCCAAUGAUGUAUGCAAUUUACCUACAAAUGAAAGGAUUGGUGUUCACUGGAAUAAUGAGACUCAACCAAUUGGAGAUAGUGGAGCAUUAUUGAAUAGGUUUUUAGGUAGUGUUUCAAGAAACUCCAAUGCUUUUCCUAUUAGCUAUUUUAGUUGGAGGAAGAUUCCUAAAGAUUAUAAAGAAGAUAUACUUAAAAACACUAUUCAGGUUAAGUUUGAUGUCCAUUUUGAUGUUCAUGUAAACCAUGUUCUCAAAUCACUUAACAAAAAGUGGAGAGACUAUAGACAAGAAUUGUGGCAACAAAGGAAUGAUGGUACAUGUACUAGAGAUGAAUUGAUCACAAUGGCUCCAAAAGGAAUAGAUAGAGACCAAUGGGACCAUGCCCUAAAAAAUAAAGAGAAUAGGAAAAAGCAAACCAUUGCUCACACAGGUGGAUCUAAGAGCCUUGCAAGGAAAAGAGAUGAAAUGGUGACAAUACUACAUAUCUUCAAAUGA